GUAGUAUGUCGUCAAUCCAGUGCCUGAACCCGAAAGCUGAGUUAGCUAGGCAUGCUGCCGCUCUCGAGCUUAAUAUUAGUGGAGCUCGUGGACUUCAAGACGUCAUGAGAUCGAACCUCGGACCAAAGGGAACUCUCAAGAUGCUCGUAUCUGGAGCUGGGGAUAUCAAAUUGACGAAGGAUGGAAAUGUCUUGCUUCACGAAAUGGCGAUUCAACAUCCAACAGCCUCAAUGAUUGCCAAGGCUUCGACGGCACAAGACGACGUGACUGGAGAUGGAACCACAUCCACCGUUCUCCUUAUCGGAGAGCUCUUGAAACAAGCCGAAUCUCUAGUUCUCGAGGGUCUUCAUCCACGUAUUGUUACUGAAGGCUUCGAGUGGGCUAACACAAAAACCCUCGAGUUGCUUGAAAAGUUCAAGAAAGAGGCUCCCGUUGAGCGUGACCUCCUUGUAGAGGUGUGCCGCACUGCUCUUCGUACCAAACUUCAUCAGAAACUUGCUGAUCACAUCACCGAAUGCGUUGUCGACGCCGUUUUGGCAAUCCGUCGUGAUGGAGAGGAACCAGAUCUUCAUAUGGUUGAAAAGAUGGAAAUGCACCACGACAGUGAUAUGGAUACCACACUUGUUCGUGGAUUAGUUCUCGAUCAUGGAGCUCGUCACCCAGAUAUGCCAAGACACGUUAAAGACGCUUACAUUCUCACUUGCAACGUUUCUUUGGAAUACGAGAAGACUGAAGUCAACUCGGGACUUUUCUACAAGACCGCCAAGGAACGUGAGGCACUUCUCGCUGCCGAACGUGAAUUCAUUACUCGUCGUGUUCACAAGAUUAUUGAGUUGAAGAAGAAGGUUAUUGAUAAUUCUCCAGAUGGUAAGAAUAAGGGAUUCGUUGUUAUCAACCAGAAAGGAAUCGAUCCUCCAUCUCUUGACUUGCUUGCUUCCGAAGGAAUUCUUGCUCUUCGUCGUGCCAAGAGACGUAACAUGGAACGUCUUCAGCUGGCCGUCGGAGGAGAAGCCGUCAACUCAGUUGAUGAUUUGACUCCAGAGGAUCUUGGAUGGGCUGGACUCGUUUACGAGCAUUCCCUUGGAGAAGAGAAAUACACGUUUAUCGAGGAAUGCCGUGCUCCAAAAUCUGUGACUCUUCUUAUCAAGGGACCAAACAAGCAUACCAUCACUCAAAUCAAGGAUGCUAUUCAUGAUGGACUUCGUGCUGUUUUCAACACCAUCGUUGACAAGGCUGUUCUCCCUGGAGCUGCUGCUUUCGAAAUUGCUGCCUACGUGAUGUUGAAAAAAGAUGUUGAGAACCUGAAGGGACGUGCCAAGCUCGGAGCUGAAGCGUUUGCUCAAGCUCUUCUCGUUAUUCCAAAGACACUGGCCGUAAAUGGAGGAUAUGAUGCUCAGGAAACACUUGUUAAGCUUAUUGAGGAGAAAACCGCCGCUGGACCAGAUAUCGCCGUUGGACUCGAUCUCGAAACCGGAGGAGCUGUCGAGCCACAAGGAAUUUGGGACAAUGUGACGGUGAAGAAGAACAGUAUCUCGUCGGCGACAGUACUUGCAUGCAAUCUCUUGCUUGUUGAUGAAGUGAUGCGCGCUGGUAUGACCAACUUGAAGCAGCCACAACCAGAAUAAAUAUUAAAAUUGUUUUUCUAUUCCCCCCAGUGUGUCCGUUUCUAUGAUCUGUUGCCGUGUUUGAUAAUAUUCCCCAUCCCGUUCAACAAGCCCAACUUUACCGUUUGUUUUUAUAGCUUUCUUCGAGCGAUAAUCAACAAAGAUCGAUCUGUUUUCUUUUUCUUUAUUAUCCCCCAAUUUCUUAAAUUUUCAUCAAAAUUUAUUGCUUUUCAUUUGAGAAUUUGUUGAUUUUUUCAUGCACGUUCCUUUUUGAUUUUGCGCAAUAAAGGCUUCUUGCUUU